AUGUGAGAAACACAAAGAAAAGGGAUGAAGAAAGUUGGUUGGUGGUGGUGACAAAGAGAGGAUGGCUAUGCUGUCGUCACACAUUCGCUUCGCACACUUCACUUCUUCAUCUCUUUCUUCUUUGCGCCACAAUUCUUGUUCUUCAAUGUCUUCUUCUUCUUCUUCUUCUUGGAUACCGUUUCAGGACACAGAUCAUACAAAAUCGAAGAAGGUAUGGAUAUGGACAAAGAACAAGCAGGUCAUUACUGCAGCUGUCGAGAGAGGAUGGAAUACUUUCAUUUUUCCUUCACACCUUCCUCAACUUGCCAGUGAUUGUUCAUCCACUGCAUUAAUCUGUCCUCUUUUUGCAACUGAGAGAGAGAUUUUGGAUGUAGAGAAUAAAAGGGUAGCUGCAAUUUUCGAUAUUUCGACUCCGGAGGAACUAGAGCGACUUAGGCCUGAGGAUGAGCAGGCACCAAACAUUGUAGUUAAUUUACUGGAUUGGCAGGUUAUACCUGCAGAAAAUAUAAUUGCUGCAUUUCAAAACAGCCAAAAGAGUGUGUUUGCGAUCUCGGGUAAUACGUCUGAAGCUCAGAUAUUUCUCGAGGCACUUGAACAUGGUUUAGAUGGCAUAGUUUUGAAAGUUGAAGAUGUUGAGCCUAUUCUUGAGCUAAAGGAAUAUUUCGACCGAAGAACAGAAGAAAGCAAUUUAUUGAACUUGACCAAAGCCACCGUGACAAACAUUCAAGUAGCUGGAAUGGGCGAUCGCGUUUGUGUCGAUCUUUGCAGUCUCAUGAAACCUGGUGAAGGACUUCUCGUUGGAUCUUUUGCUAGAGGAUUAUUUCUUGUUCACUCAGAAUGUUUGGAGUCAAAUUACAUUGCAAGCAGACCUUUUCGGGUGAAUGCGGGACCAGUGCAUGCUUACGUCGCGGUUCCCGGAGGCCGAACAAGCUACCUGUCGGAAUUAAAAUCAGGAAAAGAAGUGAUUGUGGUUGAUCAGCAGGGUCGGCAGAGAAUUUCAAUUGUCGGGCGUGUAAAGAUUGAAAGUAGACCACUAAUCCUUGUGGAGGCAAAGACAGAUUCAGACAAUCAAGCCAUCAGCAUGCUUUUACAGAAUGCAGAAACAGUUGCUUUGGUUUGUCCCUCACAAGGAAAUACACUGUCAAAAACAUCUGUUCCAGUGACUUCACUAAAAGUUGGAGAUGGAGUUCUUUUGAGAGUUCAAGGAGCAGCUCGGCAUACCGGAAUAGAGAUUCAAGAAUUUAUAGUUGAGAAAUGAACAACUUUGAUGCUAGCUAGAGUGGUUUGUGGUUUUUUGGCUUGAGACAUGGAAAGGGGAAGGUUAUAUUUUACUCUUCAAAAUGAUGAGGUAGCUAUGGAGGAGUGUUUAUCAAAUAGGAGUUACAGCAACGCUAUAGCAUUAUAUUAUAGUGUAACGGAAUUUGAAUAAAUCACUAAUAUUAUGCAUAAGUUAUUUAGUACAAAGUGUUGUCAAAUGGUGAUUCUAUAGCACUGUAGUGCCAUUAAAUUUGAACAAAUAUAUAUUUUUCAUGA